CGGCGCCCUCGCGGAGCAUGAACAUUGAGGAUGGCGUGCGCCCGCAGCUCCCCGUGCCCCCCACUGCCGCCCGGUAGGAUGUCCUGGCCCCAUGGGGCCCUGCUCUUCCUCUGGCUCUUCUCCCCACCCCUGGGGACCGGCGGGGGCGGCAUGGCCAUGACAUUGGCGGCCGGAGGGGGCUCCCCGCCGGCCACCUCCUGCCCCGCGGCCUGCUCCUGCAGCAACCAGGCCAGCCGGGUGAUCUGCACGCGGAGAGAGCUGGCUGAGGUCCCGGCCAGCAUCCCUGUCAACACGCGGUACCUGAACCUGCAGGAGAACGGCAUCCAGGUGAUCCGGACGGACACGUUCAAGCACCUGCGGCACCUGGAGAUCCUGCAGCUGAGCAAGAACCUGGUGCGCAAAAUCGAGGUGGGUGCCUUCAACGGGCUGCCCAGCCUCAACACGCUGGAGCUGUUCGACAACCGGCUCACGACGGUGCCCACGCAGGCCUUCGAGUACCUGUCCAAGCUGCGGGAACUCUGGCUGCGCAACAACCCCAUCGAGAGCAUCCCUUCGUACGCCUUCAACCGCGUGCCCUCCCUGCGGCGCCUGGACCUGGGCGAGCUCAAGCGGCUGGAGUACAUCUCGGAGGCGGCCUUCGAGGGCCUGGUCAACCUGCGCUACCUCAAUCUGGGCAUGUGCAACCUCAAGGACAUCCCCAACCUGACGGCCCUGGUGCGCCUGGAGGAGUUGGAGCUGUCAGGCAACCGGCUGGACCUGAUCCGCCCCGGCUCCUUCCAGGGCCUCACCAGCCUGCGCAAGCUGUGGCUCAUGCACGCCCAGGUGGCCACCAUCGAGCGCAACGCCUUCGACGACCUCAAGUCGCUGGAGGAGCUCAACCUGUCCCACAACAACCUGAUGUCGCUGCCCCACGACCUCUUCACGCCCCUGCACCGCCUGGAGCGAGUCCACCUCAACCAUAACCCCUGGCACUGCAACUGCGACGUGCUCUGGCUGAGCUGGUGGCUCAAGGAGACGGUGCCCAGCAACACGACGUGCUGCGCCCGCUGCCACGCGCCCGCCGGCCUCAAGGGCCGCUACAUCGGCGAGCUGGACCAGUCGCACUUCACCUGCUACGCGCCGGUCAUCGUGGAGCCGCCCACGGACCUGAACGUCACGGAGGGCAUGGCCGCCGAGCUCAAGUGUCGCACGGGCACCUCCAUGACCUCCGUCAACUGGCUGACGCCCAACGGCACCCUCAUGACCCACGGCUCCUACCGCGUGCGCAUCUCCGUCCUGCACGACGGCACGCUCAACUUCACCAACGUCACGGUGCAGGACACGGGCCAGUACACGUGCAUGGUGACGAACUCGGCCGGGAACACCACCGCCUCGGCCACGCUCAACGUCUCGGCCGUGGACCCCGUGGCGGCCGGCGGUGCCGGCGGCGGGGGCGCGUCCACCACGGCGCCCGCCCCGCGCUCCUCGCGGCCCACGGAGAAGGCGUUCACGGUGCCCAUCACGGACGUGACGGAGAACGCCCUCAAGGACCUGGACGACGUCAUGAAGACCACCAAGAUCAUCAUCGGCUGCUUCGUGGCCAUCACGUUCAUGGCCGCCGUGAUGCUCGUGGCCUUCUACAAGCUGCGCAAGCAGCACCAGCUGCACAAGCACCACGGGCCCACGCGCACCGUGGAGAUCAUCAACGUGGAGGACGAGCUGCCUGCCGCCUCGGCCGUGUCCGUGGCCGCCGCCGCUGCCGCCGCCGGUGCGGGCGGCGUCGGCGGGGACAGCCACCUGGCCCUGCCCGCCCUGGAGCGCGACCACCUCAACCACCACCACUACGUGGCGGCCGCCUUCAAGGCGCACUACAGCGGGAACCCCAGCGGCGGGGGCUGCGGGGGCAAGGGCCCCCCGGGGCUCAACUCCAUCCACGAACCUCUGCUCUUCAAGAGCGGCUCCAAGGAGAAUGUGCAAGAGACGCAGAUCUGAAGCCGCCCGGCGGGGCCCCCCACCCCGCCGGGGCUCGGGCCACACCGGGACCCUCCCCACGGCCCCGGGCCCGCGCCUGGACCGCGCAGGGAAGGGCGGGGAAGGAGGGGCCGCAGCCCCGCCCGCGUGCGGACCCCAGGGCGGCUCACCCCCGCGAGGAACGGAGCCCCCGCGGUUCUGGCCGCACCCCCACCCAUCCCCGGCGAAGGGAGGGGCUGCAGGAUUCCGGAGAAGUGGCUGGAGCCCUCCGCUUUGCCUCCUCGCGCUCUCAAUCGACCCUUCCCGGCCCUCCGCCUUCCAGGAGAGAGAGGAGCUUUUUGGGGGUGUCCUUUCCCCUCAUCCCCAACGACCCUCCUUUUACGGUUCAUUUUUUGCAGUUUGACGCCUGUCCCCCCUCCCGCCCCUCUGCCCUCGAAACUGAAGAGACAGACGCGCGGUCAGAGCCUCCAGACACCCUACCCCGCCCCUCCCCCCUUCACCCCCAGCCCUCACCUGCCCCACAGACUCUUUUGAUACUGAAGGGAGGUUUGCGUCAACGACUACCUGCUCUGUAAUUACUUUA